AUGGAGAAGCAAGUGAGAGGGACGUCUCGGAAAUCCGAAACCAUUAAACACAAGGACAAGAAGCGAGGGUCUAACAGACCGUUCCGAAAGAAGUCGUUCAAAUCCGUGGUGACCAAGAUUUUCCAAAGUUUAGGCGUGUUACGCUGGGGAGGGAUCCCAAAAGAGACGCUGGAAGCUGAGGACGACGAUGGAGGGUUCCGGGCAGGAACGCAGUGCAUUAAUUCCCUAAAUGGGAAAGAAGAGGACAGGACGAGUUUAAUGAAAACCUCCACUUUACAGUCGCGCUCGUCUUUAAAAGAGCGGCUCUCGUUAUCCUACGGGGAUAAAACUCCGGGAGUUUUGGGUCUGAAGAACCACGGGAACACCUGCUUCCUGAACGCGGUGGUGCAGUGUCUGAGCAACACCGACCUGCUGGCGGAGUACUUGGGGUUGGAACACUACAAGUCGGAUCUAGGUGAGAAGCUGGUGAGGAAUGAAGAUGUACCGGGAGAGGUGACCGAGCAGCUGGCAUCUCUGGUCAGGGCGCUUUGGACUCUGGAGUACACCCCACAACUCUCUGUGGAGUUUAAGAUGAUUGUGUCCAAGUAUGGUGCGCAGUUCCGAGGGAAUUCCCAGCACGAUGCUCUGGAGUUCCUGCUGUGGCUGCUUGAUCAGAUCCAUGAAGAUGUAAACUCAUCUUCGUCACCCUGUGGAAACAACCGGAGCAAAACCAGUGGAAAGGGACUACCAGGAGGAGAUGGGCUGGCAGCCUUUGAGACUCAGAAUGCAGAUGAACAGCCUGGUGUACGUCACAGCUUCGUACAGGAGCACUUCCAGGCUCAGUACAAGUCGUCUCUGACAUGCCCACAUUGCCUUAAACAAAGUCACACUUUUGAUCCUUUCCUCUGUAUCUCGCUUCCUAUUCCGCUACGUCAGACAAGGCCUCUGUGUGUGACUCUGGUAUUCAGCACUAAAGGACAGAGGUAUCUCAGAGUGGGACUGGCAGUGCCUUUGUUUGGAACGGUGGCUUGCCUGCGUAGGAUGGUGGCAGAUGAGGGCAAGAUUUCUCCAGACCAGGUAAUUUUAACAGAGAUUUACAGUACUGGUUUCCAGCGAUCUUUUUUCGAUGAGGACGAUCUGACCAGCAUUGCAGAAAGUGACGUCAUUUACGCCUUCCAAGCCCAACCUCUUUAUAUCAGAGGAGGUUCCACUCGAGUAUCAGGUUACCACCACAGCCUCCCCUCGUCCUCGUACCUUUUAUCUGGGCCUGAGGCUCAGAGACUGGCUGCGACUGGAGCGCUCUCCUCCGAGUUCCUGAACCAGGGAGGAGGAACUGCUAAAAUACUGCUGCUGUUGUGCAAUGCUGCUGGAACUGGUCAGCAGGCUGUGAGGUUUGGUCCUCCAUUCCUGAUGAGAGAGGACAGGUCAGUGUCAUGGGAUCAGCUGCAACAGAGCAUCCUUAGCAAACUCUACUACCUGAUGAUCAACGGUGCACAGCCACAGAAUACCAGAGUACUGUUUAAGAUUCGUGUGGUCGGGGGAUCCGCAUCCUGUAGCUACCUAAGUCCGCAGGAUGGACAUCCACUUUACCAUCCUGCAGUAGAUAGAGCUCUGAAGCUGUGUGGCUCAGGUGGACCUCCUCAUGUCAAGCUGAUUGUUGAGUGGGAACACAAAAUAAAAGACUGUCUGUUUGGUAACAUACAGGAGGAGGUGGUAAAGGAUUGUGAAAGUGUUCGUGUACAGCAGCAGCAGCAUGUUCAGCAGCACAGUUGCACACUGGACGAGUGCUUCCAGCUGUAUACUAAAGAGGAGCAGCUUGCUCCGGACGAUGCAUGGAAAUGUCCUCACUGCAAACAGCUGCAGCAGGGCAUGGUUCAAAUGAGUCUGUGGACUCUCCCCGACAUCCUCAUCCUCCACCUCAAGCGCUUCAGGCAGGUCGGCGAGCGCCGCAACAAGCUCUCCACGCUAGUGAGCUUCCCUCUGACGGCGCUGGACAUGGCGCCCCACAUGGUCAAGAGAAGUAACCGUUUAUCUUCCUCCUGGAAACAGCAGCCUUAUCAAAGAACUGAUGCUGAGGACUUCCUGUACGACCUGUAUGCAGUGUGUAACCAUCACGGAGGCAUGCAUGGGGGUCACUACACAGCAUACUGCAGGAACUCAGUGGACGGCCAGUGGUACAGCUAUGAUGACAGCAGUGUAGAGCCGGUGCCUGAGGAGGAAGUGUGCACACGUGGUGCCUAUAUUCUCUUCUACCAGAGACGUAACAGUAUCCCUGCAUGGUCAGCUAGCUGCUCUCUUCGAGGCUCUAUCAGCUCUUCUGCCUCGAAUCAUUGGCUCGUCCGUCUAACAUCUCUGUCAGGAGAAAGUCCAACCCUGAGCUCUCCUCACAAGUACUGUAGCUAUUCUCCUGCUCCUGAACCCCAAACCCCAACUUCUCCUGUCUUCUAUGAGCAGCCCACUAAAGGAAUUACUGAUGGAUUUGAGUCUAAACCAUUUACCCGUGGUACCAAGGGCCGUAGCGUAAGCAUGCGCUCACCCCCCAAGAACAAGGAAAGUCUUGGCAAAAUCUUUCCUCUACGCUGGUCUUUUGGUUCCAAGGAUCGCAAAAAAAUGAAUUCAGUUCCUCAAAUCACUCCAACUCAACCUGGCGAGCUGGUGGAAUAUCUGGAAUCUGGACGGAGGCCACGAUGUACCAAAGACCCCAUUGUUAGCCUUGUGGCUAGCCCUGUUCAAGUCAAAGCACAACCUGCAGGAAGCACAGUCAGUUCUCCCACUGGCAGCAGUUCUGUUAGUAGGGUGGAGCACGGACGCUGGCAUGAGCCAGACUCACCUAGGGUGCCUGAAGGCCAGAGAAGACCAGCCUCAGAUAGAGGUUCUGCAAAUGCUCAUGUUACAACCAAAAGCCGAGAUGAAAACUCAGUAGCCAGGAGGACCUCGAAGAAGAGGCAGGAGCAGCAGGGGAAAUCUCAAGAUGGUCAGUUUCCCCGAGGAUCUACUUCUGGUCUACAUUCAGGUGCUGGCAUAGCCACGGGCACUAAUAGUGCAUCUGAUAGCAAAGAUUCCAUGUUGAAGAGAAACUGGAACCAGCCAGCUGGAGCUACCAGGACUGCCCGUAUGGAGUUAUCAGGGAGCAAGAGUGAUGAGACUCAAAUCAUCCUGUCCCACGUUAAGACAGGCACAAUUAAGAAGGAUUACCAGUCAAAGGAUGUGCGUGGUCAAGAACCAUGCCAAGGAAGAUCAGUAAUGAGUAGGAGUUCAACCAAGCUUCCAGUGUCCAACGGCACACCAAGUGGCAUGGUAGUAGAGGACAAAAAAGCUAAUGGCACCCAUAGAAGCAGUGGGCGACACAGCAACAAGCCACUAGUCAAUGGAAAGGAGAGCCACAAUGGUGGCAUGGCCAAUAUAAAGCGAGCACACAGUUCUUCCAGUCUACAGACUAAGACGGAUUUGAAUCUGAGGAGGACGGUGUCUCUUCAAAGGAAUGGGCUAGCAUCCCACAAAGGACUUAGUACUGAUAAACACUCUAACAGUAUGCUGCAGAGGAACAGAUAUAGCACCACUUCACUGGGCAGACAGAGGCCAGUGCCCGAAUCUUGCUUUUGAUAUUUGUGUACAUGAAGUUACAGUUGUGAGCCGGAUUGUCUGGACUACAUGUAGCUAGCACAUCUUACCUGUGCCUUACCUUUAAAUAUAGUAAACUACCUUAGGGCACUUUCACGGUGGCUUUGGUUUGAGAAAUAAAAACUAGAAAUGAAGAAUAUUUUACUGUAAAGGUACAAGUCCAUGUAUAUUUUUAUUACUUGCUCAGUCUUAAGCAAGCUACCUUUAUUAUUCAAAUUACGCUACUAAAAUGUAGCCUGGCAAAGGGAAGCUAUCAUAAAAAUCUAGAUAAUUACACUACAAGCAAAGGUAAUUAAAGCUUUAUCCAUUACUGAGGUCAUGUAUUCACUAAUUACAUCUAAUUACAUUAAGCUGCCACAAAAUGUUUUGCUGUUCACUAAUUCUACUGCUACUAUUCAUAAUUAUAAUAAUAAUAAUUAAACAACUUUGUUUCUGUUAUUAAUAAUAU